AUGUCUGACGAGCAAAAGGUCGCUGCGCCCACCAACACCAAUGUUGAGUCGGAGAAGGAUGUCCAGAGCGUUCUCGCAGAGCUGAAGGGCGAGGCGCCUGCGGAGCAGCCCGCCGAAGAGAAGAAGGAGGCUUCCACAGAAGAUGCCGAGGAGGCCCGGAUCGUAGCCGCCGCUGCGAAGCUCGGAGAGCAGUCGGAGAAGGCCGAAGAGCAGAAGACCCAGGAGCAGGAUACUCGCGACCGCGGAAGCCGUCGCAACAACGUCAAGUUCGACCCCUCCACCCAGGAGGUCACAGACAACCCGGACGAAAUCCGCAAGCAGGUUGAGUUCUAUUUCUCCGAUUCGAACCUUCCCAUGGACAAGUUCCUUCUCUCCAAGGUGGGAGGCAGCAGCAACCGCGCCGUUCCUCUCGAACUCCUCCACUCCUUCAAGCGCAUGCGUCGCUUCCAGCCUUUCAGUGCCAUUGUUGAGGCCUUGAAGACCUCCGAGGCCGUCGAACUGACCGACAACGACACCUGCGUGCGCCGCAAGGUGCCCCUCCCCGAAUCUGUGACUGAGAACGCCAAUCCCAGCGUCGCCAAGCUGUUCGAAGACAAGGCCAUGAGCCGUAGCAUCUACGCCAAGGGCUUCGGAGAGGAGACCCCCACUACCCAGCUUGACAUCGAGGCUUUCUUUGCCCCCCACGGACCCACCAACGCCAUCCGUCUCCGCCGCACACACGACAGAAUCUUCAAGGGAAGCGUUUUCGUUGAGUUCGCCUCGGAAGAGAAGCAGAAGGAGUUCCUUGCCCUCGACCCCAAGCCCCAGUGGAAGGGCCAGGAUCUGCUCAUCAAGAGCAAGAAGGACUAUUGUGAGGAGAAGGUUCGGGACAUUGAGGCUGGACGCAUCAAGCCCAGCCGGGGCCGCGGUGGCUUCCGCGCGCGCGGACGUGGUGGACGCGGUGGACGCGGCCGCGGCGGACGUGGAGGUGACAACCGUGACUGGCGCGAGCGCCGGGCGGAUGACCAGAAGAAGGGCUUUGGCAAGCCCCAGGAGGAGCGCCAGGAGAUCCAGAAGGAUGCUCGUGGCGUGCCCGUCGUGCAGAGCACCGCUGAUACCACAUCUGGCCAGAAGCGCACCCGCGAGGACGAACCUGCUGCUAACGGAGACCACCCUGCCAAGAAGGUCGAUUCCAAGGAAUAA